AUUCCCUUUAUAUGUAAGAUUAAUUCUAAAUUCCUUAGCAUAGAAAAGGUCUAUCAUGAUCUGCUUUUCUCCCCCGCCCCAACAUCAUUUUCUGCUCUUUCUUUCAACUUCCCACCCUCUUGGCUCCAGUCAAAUUAAAUAUUUCAUAGGCUCUCCCCCUGAAAUUCCUCAACUUAUUUCCAUGCUUUUACACAACCCAUUUCAUAUGCCUUAAAUACACUGCCCACAGUUUUGGUACACAUCUAAGUUUUCCACAUCCAUCAAAGCUCAGCUAAGAUGUUAGUAACUUUGUGAAGGCUUCCAAACUUUUCGUCUCAGGCUGAUUUAGGAAAUUUUAUUUUGUGUCCCUCUAUCACUCUGCUCAUAAAACUAACAAUUAAUUUAUUCUACAAAUAUUAUUUGGCACCACUUCAUGCCAAGUACUGCGCCAACUGGUGAACAUGGUCUCUACUUUCAUGGCAUGAAAUGUCUAACUGGACUUGAGGGAAGGAGUAUUUAACCAAAUUAUUACAUACACAUCAACUGUGUUGAGGGGGUACAAAGUGCUAUGAGAACAUAACAUAGGAGACCUUGGUUUUGUCUGGAGAGGAUUAGAGAAAACCUCCUAGGGAAUGGAAUAUUCAAACUGAGAUAUUAAGGAUGGAAAAAAGUAAAGGGAUGUAUGUGUGGAAACAUGGGAUGCACAGUCUUCCAAGAGAAGUGGGAGAAGAAAGUGCAUGUUAUAUUUGAAGAUCUGAAAAAAAGGACAGUGUGGCUGGGGAUCUGGAAGCCCCAGAAGAGAGAGAGAGAGAGAUAUCAGAUUAGACUGGAAAAUGGGAAAGGAGGCAAAUGAUAUAUUCAUUCAUUCAUUCAUUCAUUCAUUCAUUUUCUUAUUUAUUAAAUAAUUUAUUCAAGUAACAAUGAGCACCUAUAAAGGAAUCUACCUAUACACUGUACAUAUAGUGAUGAAAAACAUCAACAGACAUGGUUUCUUCUCUCAUGAACUUGUAUCUAAUAAAGUUAAGGAUUUUGUUUUUUUGCCUAUUAACAAUGAGAAGCCAAUAGCCUAUUUUAAGCUGAUGAGUGGCAAGAUAAUAUUUAUAUUUGAAGAUAUUUCUCUGAUUUCAAUGUAGAGAAGGGUUUUAUAAUGAAACCUAGAAUGCAUUAAGAGGCAAUUCCAGUAAAUUUCACUCAAGAGACAAUGAUACUGUUUUUUUGGCUGGUGACAGUGGUGAUGGAGAUGUAGAUCCAAGAGCUAAUUAAAAGGCAUAUUUGACAGGUUUUGGUGGUGGGUUUGUAAUGGGAAGUACAGGUGAAGGAUAUGUUCAAGAUGGUGUCUAGCCUAUGAGUUGUGGAAUAGCCCAUACACAUAUGCUAUUCAAUGAGAGAAGAGAUGCUAGACAACCAGGCUUGGAAGAAAAAUGGUAAAUUAAUUUUAGAGUUGGUGAAUUUUGGAUAUCUGUGAAAGAUGUAAGUUGAUAUAUCAAGUAGGCAUUUAGGAAGUGUAGGCAAGAUAUAUAAUUUAGUAAUCAUCAACAUGGAGAUGGUAAUUGAGCAUAUGGAAAAAAGAAAUGGACGACAGGGUAGAAGAGAUUAGCACAGAGGAGAGAAGAAAAUCAAAGAGAACUCAGGACUGAACCUUAAAACCGAUGUCAAAGUGGUGGAUAAAAAAAGACACGUAAGAGAAAAUGAAGACACCAAGAGGUGUGAGAUAAACCAGGAUAUUGUGAUGCAAACAAAACCAAAUGGAGUAUGUCAAGAAGAGGAUCUGGUCCAUUGCUUUAGCAAGAUUUAGAAUCGACAGAUGAUUUUUUAAAAAGUUUAUAUAUCUAUUGAGAGAGAGAAAGAGAGAGCAUGGAGAAGGGGCAGGGAGAGAGGGGGAGGGAGAAUACCAAGCAGUCUCUCCGCUGUCAGCAUAGAACCCAACAGGAGGUUCCCUCUCAAGGGCUGUGAGAUUAUGACCUGAACUGAAAGCAAGAGUUGGGUACUUAAUCAGCUGAGCCACCCAGUCACCCCAACAGGUGAUCUUUUUGAGAGGCAUUUUGUGGAACUAAUGGAGAAGGAGGCCAUGCUGAUGUGAACUGUAGAAUGGAUGUGAGGUGAGAACUGGAGACAAUGAGUGUGGCAGUGCUUGGAAGAAAUUUGGAUGUGAAGGGAGGGAGAUGGAAAAAUAGCUGGAAGGAAAUAAAGAGCCUUUUUAUUUUUAUUUUUAAAAAUGAAAGAUACUGGAGAAUGUUUGAAAGACAAGGCAGAUCCACUGAAGAAGGAAAUAUGACUCCAAAUUAGGGAACAAUUGAUAGUGUAAUUGCAAGGCUAGAAGGGCUACAAUUCAGUGUAGGAAGUGGAAGGUUUGAUGCAUUGAGUAUGGGCAGAUUCUAUAUCAAUGGGGGGAAACAAGGAAAGGAUGGGAGAAUGUGCAAAUAGGUUGGUAAGUUUUGUCUUGGGAAGUUGAAGAAAAAUCUCAUUGCACACCUUUUUUCUCUGCAAGGUAGUGGUUGAUGUCAUCUUUUAAGAGAAGAAGUAGAGUUUGAGGUUUGAACAGAAUGAAGAAGUUUUGAAAAACGUUUUGGAAGAAGGGAAAGUUGAUCAGGCAAGUUUUUUAGGAUGGACAGGAAGCACUGAGGUCUCAUUUAAAGUUGGUAACUAUAUAGUAAAAGCAGCCAUUUCUGUUACUUUAGGCUUAUUCUAAGAGCACUUGGGAUGAUCAGGUACAGGUGCUGAAAGGUGAGUGGUUGUAUUCAAAUAGAUUGGGGUUUUAGCAAAGGACUGGCUUAAUCAACUUGACAUUCUAUUUUCUUCUAGUAUACCAUGAGUUUGUGGAGGGGAUACAACAAAAUUAUCAAUCCAAAAUCAUAUUGGAUAUGGUAGUAGGUGAGCAGGUAAUUAAAGGUUUUACAUCCCACAUCAAUGCCAAUAAUUAUCUCAAAAACGCCUAUUGAAGGAUAUUUUUCUCCACCAUAGGUUUGAUGCCACCCUCAUCGUACACUAGAUAAUUGUAAAAACUAGGUGUGCUUUUGGCCUUUUUUAUACUAUUAACAUUUUAUUUUUCUUACACUGGUAUCAUACUGACAUAAUUUGUUGCACAUUUUUAAUCUUGUGAGGUUAUUCCUUAUCACUAUUCACCUUUCAAAUCUUAGUUUAUUCACUGAUUCCUUUUCCUUCGUAGACCAUAGCUUUUAUUUGUUGAGUCUCACCAGUCUAUCUUUAUGAUAUUGAUUGGGAUUUGCCUAUUCAAGAAGAGUCUCCUAUAUAUCACUAGCUGCCUAAAGAGUAAGAGGCACACUUUUGAAGUGGACUAAAAAAAAUUGCUUCUUGUAUCUGUCCAUACAAAUAGUCCAGAAAAACCUCAGCUCAAGAUUCAUUCCAUGGCCUCACCCGGCAACUACUCCACUGCUCCAGUCUCAUUCCUCCUCAUUUGCUUCCCUAACUACUGGAGUUGGCAGCACUGGCUGUCCCUGCCCCUCAGCCUCCUUUUUAUCCUGGCCAUGGGGGCCAACACCACCCUGUUGACCACUAUCUGGCUGGAGGCAUCUCUGCACGAGCCCAUGUACUGCCUGCUCAGCCUGCUCUCCCUGCUGGACAUCAUGCUCUGCCUGACUGUCAUCCCCAAGGUCCUGGCCAUCUUGUUUGACCUCAGGUCCAUCAGCUUUUCUGUCUGCUUCCUCCAGAUGUUUAUCAUGAACAGCUUCCUCCCCAUGGAGUCCUGCACAUUCAGGGUUAUGGCCUAUGAUCGCUACAUGGCCAUCUGCCACCCACUACAAUAUCCUUCCAUAAUCACUGACCAAUUUGUGGCCAAGGCUAAUUUCUUCAUAAUCACACGAAAUGCCCUACUCACUGUACCUAUCAUUCCUAUUCUCUCUUUCCAGCUCCAUUACUGUGAAAAUGUCAUUGAGAACUGAAUCUGUGCCAACUUGUCUGUGUCCAGGCUCUCCUGUGACAGUUUCACCCUUAACGGCAUCUACCAAUUUGUGGCUGGUUGGACAUUAAUAGGCUCAGAUUUCAUCCUCAUCUUCUCCUAUACCUUCAUCUUAAGAGCUGUGCUUAGGUUCAAGGCUGAGGGGGCUGCUGUCAAAGACCUGAACGCAUGUGACUCUCAUUUCAUCCUCAUCCUGUUCAUCAGCACCAUUCUGCUGGUUGUGGUGUUGACAAACAUGGCCAGAAAUAGGGUCCCCAUAGACAUCCUCAUCCUGCUCAAUGUCCUUCAUCACCUCAUACCCCCUGCCUUGAACCCUAUUGUUUAUGAGGUUCAGAUCAAAGAGAUAAAACAAGGAAUUAAGAAAUUGAUGGGGACAGGGAUGUGAAUAUAUGAAAUAGAUCUAAUUUCUUUUCUUCCUUCUCCUCAGUGAUUUUGCCUAGACAGUGUAUUGGAAAAAAGCUUGGUGAGUAUUUACUAUAUACUCUGAAGCUCACUUCAUAACUGACCCAGAUUUCUUCCAUUACUCUCUUCACCUGAUUUUGGUGAAGGUAGGUAACAGGAAGAAACUGAUAUUCCUUAAUUGUGUUGAACCCAGGCAAUUUUAUUUAAGUAAAUUUAAUCUUCACAACAUUUCUGCAGGUGUCAUUACUUCCUUUUUACAUAGUAGGAAAAAAAUGAUGCUUUUUAAGAUUGGAAACUGCUAAAGACCACAUUAUCUGGAAAAUGGCAGAGAUCAAAAUCCAUACUCCAAAGCCCAGGUUCCUUCUACAGAAAUUCCCCUUCAAGUGCAAUUGAUGCUGGAUACCUGACUUCUACCUUAUUCUCCUUUGCUUGUGGUUUGUCCUUCUGGAUAUCUAUUUCCCGCCUAUACCUACUUUCUUGAGAACUAGUGGGUUCUCAGAGAUGACAAAAUCCUGCCCAACAAAGCAUCUGCAACCCUACAGGAGAAGAACGUUCAUAAUAACAUAUAGCAAUACCAACUUCCUCUUCUAUCUUAUGCAGUCUCACCAUCUUCAGGGAGUCUUAGAAAUGAGGAUAAGUUGGGGGAGAGAGAGAUGGGGAGAAAGGAAGCCAUUUCCCAGAAAAUGGGGAAACUGACCAGGACGUUGGGUUGGCCACUUCUCCUAAAUGUUUAAGCUACACAACCAGUGAAUUGAAAAUCAAGUCUUAUUUGAUUUGUUGACUUUUGCUCAAGAGCUCUAGUUGAAAGUGAGAAGACAUAGCAAAGUGUCAGGUUUCUGGAUAAUAGUGGGUCCAGUGAGGAGAAGAAAAGUCAUACUGGUUAUUUUCAGAUUAUUUAAUGUAAGCAAAUGGUUAAAUGGAUAUUGGAAACCUAGAAACUAAAACAGGGGAUACUGAAGUAAUGGAGAGUAGCACCUGUGGGAAGAACCUUACACUUGGGAAGAGUUUGGUCAUUGGGCCCUAGAAGGUUGGAAGUGGGCCCAUGGGGCUGUGUCUCACAACGCUGAGGAAGGUGCUGCCUUGAACUGGUACUAGUGUCACAGGAGCUCAGAAGAGGGGCCCUCAGAGCUGGGACUCAGAUCUCUGAGGAUGGAUCCCUAUCCUGCUGCUACCUCUGAGGGAGCUCAGUGAGGCUGAUUUGACCCUGGGAGUUCCAAAACCAAAUCCAAACCAAAUCCAAACCAAACCCAAACCCAAAUAAAACUGAAACUCAAUAUCCAACCAACCAACCAACCAACCCUGGAGACUAGAAUCAAUUCCACUGCCAGGUGAAGAGCCAAUGCUUGGGGAUACUGACAAGAUAAGAACAGACAGGAAGAAGCAAGUAUCCCUUGCCCUGCUUCAGCCUUCCAGUCUUUUCCUGUUGUUCUGUCUGGGUGGAAGCUAACAGGGAGCCAGGUGUCUAACUAACAGAAGAGUCCCAGUGUCCAAGUCCCAGAUCCCACAAGAUCUGCAUCCCAAAGCAGAUCUGGAUGGGUAGGUUUGAGGCUGAGAGACAAGAGUUAAUGAUUACACAACUCUUGUUGAUUCUGAGUCUGAGGGCUUGUGACUUGCCAGUGUUCACUGGCUCCCAGGGACUGGACACAGAAUCAAAUUCUCCUGUUCAGCUACACGAAGAGACAUGACAGUAUAACAUAAUAUUACAGGGGAAGCUUUCAUAGCUGUGAAAGAAUUUGGAGUUAGCUGUCAGCAGGAAUAGAGAGUGAUUGCAUCACAUUAUGGGGAUUCCACAGAGUAACUGCAUCUCAGUGCUGCUGUGGGCUCCAGGGCGGUCUCUUCUACAUGCAGUAACAGCAGGAAAGGAAAAUGACAUCCAUUUGUCUACAAGAAGGUACUCUUAAUGUCCUUAGACUUGGCUCUCAUUUCCUCAAGCCCAGCCACAGGUGUGACUCAGUAUUUGUCAUUUUCUACAAGAGAAUUCUCUCUUAAGGCUCCCUCCAUCUCAUGGCUGUUAGAAGAGUUUUAUACAGCACUACCUUCCUACUGUCCCUCAGAGGACAGAAGGGCCAACUUCAAACACUGGGGCCUAAAAUUAUACUAAUAAUCCCAAUGUUCUUAUAUACUGAUAAUAGUGAUAGUCAUGACAAUGAAAAAAGCUCAAAUGUUUUGAGCACUUGCAAUAUACCAGUAUCUGUGCAUGAUUCUUCUGUGGAUGAUAAUAAAAAUUCUUUAAGAAAUCUAACAGGAUAUAAUUCAUAGGAAUAGGACAGAUUGUCAUGUGAUAUUGUCCAGCAUUUGGUCCACUCUGUUGGUCUCUCUAGGAGUGCUUUGUCUACCUCUGCUAUGCUUCUCCCAGGUGCAAACCCAGAAGGGACUCAAAGAGGAAUCGCUGUUAGUUGGUCAUAUUCAGAUCUUAAUCCCUUCACUAGGCUUUUCUAGAUCAGUGCAAAUCGCCAACAUAAUUAUGAGUGGGUAUACACAGUUACAGAAACUACAACUUGUGUUAAGGAUUUGUAAGGGAUUGGGGGCCAGCACACCUGUUGUCAUUACUCACAGUGACAAGCACAUCUUCUGGUACAUCAAACGAUUUAGGAAAUAUCCCCUUGCUUAUGCUAUUGAAGUGGCUAAGAGAAGAGUUAAUCAAUAGUGUUUACAAUGCAUCUUUAGUUCUAAGUAGUAGAUUUCUCAACAUAAGAAUGGACAAGAUAUAUGCUUGAGGUUGGCUCUCAAUUCUGGUCCUUGAGAGACAGGUUAAGAGGACCACAAUUUUUCAUAGAAUUGUCAAGCCCAGUGCAGGUGGCUUAAGGAACUGGACACAAUGGCUCUAAGACAGAUUUGGGCUGAGUCCUCAUAGAUAAAGGGGAUGGAGGAAUAGGAUUACCCAAAGAGCCAGAUCUUGAAGGGCAGACACAACUUUGCCAUGAGGCUUCUGUAGCAAAAAAUGUUAUUGAACAUGUCUUGAAUGGAUAGACUGAAGUAGCAGAAACUAAAGGCAUUUUAAAUAGGCAUUUUAAAGGUACAAGCUUUCAGUUUUAAGAUAGAUAAGUACUAGAUAUGUAAUGUAUAACACGAUGACUAUAGUUAAUACUGCUGUUUGGUAUAUUUGAAAGUUGCUAAGAGAGUAGAUUCAAAAGUUCUCAUCACCUGGAAAAAAACAUGUUUUUAUUCUCUUUUUUUGUAUCCAUGUGAGACACUAGAUAAUUUGUGGUAAUCAUUUAAUCGUAUACAUAAGUCAAACCAUUAUGCUGUAUACCUUAGACUUAUAUAGCGCUGUAUGUCAUAUCUCAAUAAAUUGGAAGAAAAAAAUAAGGUCUUUCGUAAGUUAACUGAAAAAUAUGUGGAGUAACUUUGCUAACACAGACUGACUAUGGUCCAGUUGUACUGGAAAAGGUGUAUUAAUGAGAAGGGGACAGGAGGAAGCCAACUGAUAGCCACUCACCACACUCCCUGGUUUGCGGGUUAGUCACAUUUGCAAGAAGAACACAGAGCCUUUUGGAAAAGAAUAUCUGAAGCCAUUGAACACUGAUUUUCAGGACCAGAGAAGAUUUAAAUCUAGAGCCAAUAGCAAGAAAGAGCAGUGUAUCUCCUGGAAUUAAAUUACCUCGAGGAAAAAGAUGACCAAUGCUCAAAGCAAUGAAAGAACAAAACUACAUUUUCUGCAUAUAAUAAAGUGGAGUUUGGGAGCCUCUUAGUACAUAUCUAUCUUGAUACACUGUUCCUCAGAUAUUUUCUAAGUCUUUGGGUGUUAACAAUGAGAGAUAUGACCUGAGAGGCCCAGUGUGGGACAUCAAAGCUGUGCAGCCAGGGAAUCUACAAAGGCUGAAGUUAUUGCCAGGAGUAAAUAAAUGCUUCAUAGCCUGCAAGUCAACACUGCUCUCUUGUGGCUACCAGCGGGAAUAGCAAUACUAUGGUGAUUUCAGCUCUCCAUCUCUACUUGAUGUUUGAAAGGGGACUGACAUCUCUGUGUUGUGAAAAUUCCUGGGAUCUCCAACACUUAGAAAGAAGUAGGGAGUGGCUUCAAGUAGAAGAUAUUGUACUUCUUGCUUAUUAGCCAUAUGGGGAUUUAAAUGAUUAAUUAAAAAAAUAAAAGGAAUAUAACAUUUA